CACAGUGCUACACGAUGUCCGCACGCUUCACUUUGGGCUUCCACAUUAUUGUGUUUUUAUGCUGCACAGCGAAUGGUGCACAGAUUUCCUGUAGAAAUGAGGCUGGUGAGCCUGUUGAUUGGUUUAUUAUCUACAAGCUGCCCAAGUAUAAGAUUGGAGGCACUGGCAGUGGAGUGGACUACAUGUACCUGGACUCCUCGGCAGGGAGCUGGCAGAGGAGUAAAUUCCUGGUUAACACCAGCCAAGGGGCCAUAGGAAACACACUGAACCAGCUUUACAUGGGACACGCUUACAAGUCUAACAGCUCAGUCUAUGCCCUCUACAACGAUGCACCACCGGACGUGAAAUACCAAAAAGGAUAUGGACAUACUAAAGGGAUGCUGUUCUUUGACCACUCUCAGGGUUUCUGGUUGUCCCACAGCAUUCCCCAUUUCCCCUCAUUCCCGGAGAGGGGCUACCUUUACCCCUCCUCUGGUAAAGUCUACGGCCAGACAGCUCUCUGCAUGACCUAUGAGUACGGCCAGUUCCCCCUCAUCGUGCAGCAGAUGGUGUACCUUUACCCACGUCUCUAUAACUGCUCUGUGCCUGCUCCAUUUUUGGCUGAUCUGGCGCUGCUGGCCCAGUUAUGCAAGGGCUCCAAACCGCCACUGGCCUCCACGAGGAGAAGGCAAGAGCUUGUCUCAGCCCGAGGGGAGAAGUUUGUCAGCUUCGCCAAAUCAGAGCGCUUUGUGGAUGAUAUCUAUGCAGGCUGGGUGGCACAGGUCCUGGACACCGACCUGCUGGUGGAGACCUGGCAGAGAGACCACGAGCUGCCCUCCAACUGCUCCCUCCCCAAACACACCAUGAACGUCAGGAGGGUGCGGCUGCCCGGCCCGGUCCUGUUCCAGUCCCACGACGACCACUCAAAGUGGUGUGUGUCCUGGGCUUAUGAGGACCAGCUCACCUGCCUGGGGGAUAUGAACAGGGAGAGGACCCAGGCGUGGCGUUCUGGAGGACUGGUGUGCUCCCGCGACCCGGUCAUUUACAAGGCCUUCCGACAGGCCGUGGACUGGUACAUCGGCUGCAAGUGACAGAGCAAGGCACAAUACAUGAGAGAGGAGCACUCUAACUAUGGAACUGUGGGCUCAUUUUGAAAAACAGCAUGUCAGGUGCAAGCACUUGACACACACCCAUGACAGUUUUCCUGUAGUCACACCUGGGCUGAGGAACUCUAUAUAGCCAGC